AAAAAAUAUCUAAUCAAUACAAGUAGAAUAAUAUAAAACGAAGGCAGUAUAAACAUUUAAUUUAAAGUGCGAGCACCUGUAAAUAAUUGCAAGCCCAAUAACCUUGCGUCAAAAAAUUUAUCAAAGUCACCAUUUUUUAGGCGUAUAAAAAAAACGUGGUAGAAAAACCAAGAAUGUCCCAGAAAACUCCCGCCCCUUCUAAUUAUAACAGUUCUCGACAAGCCUGUACUCUCUUCCUUUCCAACUCCACAUCUUUCCACCUUUCUCUCGAUCCUUCACUUUUACCGCCAUUAAUUUCCAUCUUUCUCCUACAACUAUAUAUAUAUAUAUAUAUACCAUCUCUCAAAUUCAUUUCAUUCAAUCAACACAGAUUACACAAACAAUCAAACAAUAAGAUCAUCAACAACCAUCUCUUUACUUCCAACAAAAACAACACAAACACUGUUUUCUUGAUUAUUUUCUUUGCAUUCAUAUUAUCAUCAUGUCAGCCGGAGCGAAAGCCGAAGGCAAGGCUAUUGGUAUCGACCUUGGUACAACCUACAGUUGUGUGGGUGUAUGGCAAAAUGAUCGAGUUGAGAUCAUUCCCAAUGAUCAAGGCAACCGUACCACCCCUUCUUAUGUCGCCUUUACCGACACUGAGCGGCUUAUUGGCGACGCUGCUAAGAAUCAGGUUGCCAUGAACCCUCAGAAUACUGUCUUUGACGCUAAGCGUCUUAUUGGUCGACGUUUUUCUGAUGCUACUGUUCAGGCCGACAUGAAGCACUGGCCUUUUAAGGUUGUUCCUGGACCAGCAGACAAGCCUAUGAUUGUUGUCAACUAUAAAGGGGAAGAAAAACAGUUUGCCCCUGAAGAGAUUUCUUCUAUGGUUCUGACAAAGAUGAAGGAAGUUGCUGAGGCUUAUUUGGGACAGACUGUUAAAAAUUCUGUUAUUACUGUCCCUGCGUAUUUUAACGACUCUCAGAGGCAGGCUACGAAGGAUGCCGGGUCGAUUUCCGGGAUGAAUGUCAUGAGGAUCAUCAACGAGCCUACUGCAGCUGCCAUUGCUUAUGGUUUGGAUAAGAAGGCGUCGAGGACAGGGGAGAAGAACGUGCUCAUUUUCGACCUUGGUGGCGGGACCUUUGAUGUGUCCAUUCUAACAAUUGAGGAAGGGAUCUUCGAAGUGAAGGCCACUGCAGGUGAUACUCAUCUCGGAGGUGAAGAUUUUGAUAACAGAUUGGUGAAUCAUUUUGUUGCUGAUUUUAAGAGGAAGCAUAAGAAAGAUAUUUCUGGAAAUGCUCGGGCGUUGAGGAGGUUGAGGACUGCCUGUGAGAGAGCAAAGAGGACUCUCUCGUCGACUACUCAGACGACAAUUGAGAUUGAUUCCUUGUAUGAAGGGAUUGAUUUCUAUUCAACAAUCACGAGGGCAAGGUUUGAGGAGCUGUGUAUGGAUCUGUUCAGGAAAUGUAUGGAUCCUGUGGAGAAGUGUUUAAGGGAUGCAAAGAUUGACAAGUCCAAAGUUGAUGAUGUUGUGCUGGUAGGAGGGUCGACGAGGAUUCCUAAGGUACAGCAGCUUCUGCAAGACUUCUUUAACGGGAAAGAACUCUGUAAGAGCAUUAACCCGGAUGAGGCAGUCGCGUAUGGAGCUGCUGUACAGGCUGCUAUUCUAUCAGGUGAAGGUGAUCAGAAGGUUCAGGAACUGCUCUUACUUGAUGUUACCCCGUUGUCUCUUGGAAUUGAGACAGCAGGAGGUGUGAUGACUGUGCUCAUUCCAAGGAAUACAACAAUCCCGACGAAGAAGGAGCAGAUUUUCUCUACUUAUUCUGAUAAUCAGCCAAGUGUGCUGAUCAAGGUGUACGAAGGAGAGCGUCCUAUGACCAAGGACAACAACUUGUUGGGUACAUUCGAGCUUAAAGGAAUCCCCCCGGCCCCUAGGGGAGUUCCUCAGAUUAAUGUUUGCUUCGACAUUGAUGCAAACGGUAUCUUGAAUGUUUCUGCUGAAGAUAAGACUGCAGGGGUGAAAAACAAGAUUACUAUCACUAAUGAUAAGGGGAGGUUGAGCAAGGAAGAGAUUGAACGAAUGGUGAAGGAAGCGGAGCAGUACAAGGCUGAAGAUGAGGCGGUGAAGAAGAAGGUGGAUGCUAAGAAUUCUCUUGAGAAUUAUGCAUACAAUAUGAGGAACACAAUUAAGGAUGAUAAAAUUGGAGGUAAGCUCGAUGCUUCAGAUAAGCAGAAGAUUGAGAAGGCUGUUGAUAAGGCAAUUGAGUGGUUGGAUAAGAAUCAGUUGGCUGAAGUGGAGGAGUUUGAGGAUAAACAGAAGGAGUUGGAGGAGUUGUGUAAUCCUAUAAUCGCGAAAAUGUAUGGUGGUGGUGGUGCUGCUGGUGCGGGGAUGGAUAUGGGUGGUGACAUGCCAGGUGGUGGUGCUUCAGGCAGUAUGGGUGGAGGUAGUGGUGGUGCUGGGCCUAAGAUUGAGGAGGUUGAUUAAGAGGGUUAUGUUUUGUGAGUAUGAUAUAGAAUAUCCUCUGUUAUAAUCAAAUUGUUCUUGUGCUUUUGUAUUUUGGGGUUUUUCUAUGGGGGGGAAAGGGGCCAAGGAUAUUGAGAAAUAAAGCUUAGCUUAUGUUUAGCAUUGUAACUUUGGUUGUAAUUAAUAUUAUCAUAUGAUAUAAAAAUAUUUUGUUAUAAUUCA